AUGAAAAAGGGAAAUAAGGGUGGGCACAUCAGGAUAACAUCAGCGCACGGCGAACGUGAAUCAGGCAGAAAAAGAGUUCCACCCGGCGAUUCUUACGUAAGCGAUUAUAGAUGAUUUAAUUAAUCAAAUUAAGAUCUGUAAAAGCCCGAAGAAUUGUAAUUGAACAAAGUAUAUUUUGGUAAAUUAAAAACACAAAAAUUAUCACUAAAUGAAGCGUAAAGUAAGUUAAAAGCAGGAAAACAGAGUUCCGGCGUCGUGACAGCGAUGCGUCGGCGAUGCACUGGAAUUCUGAGUGUUUGGGAGGAUCAUCGUGCAGUGUCCACGGCCUCGAAGGCUCUCCUUGGAUAAGGACGACGUGGGCAAUCUCUAGAUCUUCUCACAAAGUCUAGAGAUUAAUGAAAUGGGUCGUCGAGUCAUCUUUGGUGGCUGUCACCCGGUGGAGUGGAAAAACGGCGACUUUGCGGCUCUCUGGCGACUGUCACCCGACAGAAAGGAGCUGGAUGAAGGUGGGGCGCAUGUCAGGGAGCUUCAUCCUCAAGUCCGCAGAGCAAGAGGAGGCUCUUCAUCACAUCUGGUACGCUCUCAAGAGGUGGAGACUCGUCUCCCGGCGGAUCGUCCUCUUCCCGACGACGACUUGUUCGUCGAUCAAUCAGAGAUGA